AUGGGAAGAUUAAAUAGUACAACUAUUGUUUUUAUCCUCAUUUUUGUGAUUGAACAAGCAAUGUUCAUUCCAGGAUUUGCAAUCUUAGCACCUUCUCCGUCUAGUUCUGAGUUUUUAGAAGAAUGCAGGAGACAUUUUUCUCCCAGUUGUGAAAAAGAAGUAUUUGAUUAUGUACUCGUUAAGCCAGUGCCUGUGGAUCUACAGUGUUGCUUUGAUCUCAUUGACCUUGGUAAAUCUUGUCAAAAAGCAUUAGUGAAUGAAGCUUUUCGCAAAAUUCAUGUCAAAGUCAACAAUGAUUAUGCUUUGAAAUUAAGUAGAGAAAUGUGGGAUGGUUGUGUUAACGACACAGAUGCUUACUUGGGUUACCACUAA